CUGCCCGUUAGAAAUGGAGGGUUUGGGUUCUGCUGCAAAUGGAUUUUUCAUCCAAAACGUAAAUAGAUUUUUGAGGCAUCGCGUCAACGUUUUUUCAUUUACAGAUUCGUGUGCACAAUGUAAGUUGUGAGGAGUAUUGGAAGUGAAAAGGAAAACAAUCAUAUUUUCAUUUUGUCUGUUAAUCCAUGCAAGAAGAAAAUUCUCCAAGGUACUGAAAUGGAUAUAGGAGAGAAAACAGCUCGUAAAGGAAUACCUCUUCAUGAGAUUCCAAAUGGUACCCCUUUAAAGGAAUUACGUAAACUUCAGCGUGGCUCAUCAAAUACUCAGUUGGGUACCAAUUCUGUAUCUACAGCCAAAUUCAACUUAGUGACAUUUAAAAAUAAAAAAUCUAAAAUUAAUUGUCACCUUCAGUCCACAUUGUUAAACAAUGAAGGGACAUAUAAUGUAAUUUCUCCAGAACUCAGUGAAAUAAAAGAUUCUGAUUCAAUUUCAGUUUGUGCAAAUAUAGACCAAAGUCACUUUAAUCCUCUUGGAUUCAAAUUGAAUAAACAAGUGGCCUCUGAGAGCCCUGCCAAAACAUUCCAGAGAAUGAAAGGCAAGCUUCACUGUGAUCAGAUAACUGAAAAUCACAAUCUUCAAAAAUCGCAAAAAACAACUUUUGAAUGUAAAGAAUCCGAACAAUAUUCUGAUGCCACUAUGAAUGGAUGCAUCUUAAAAACCAGCUUUACAGUCCCCAAUCCAUUGGACAGAUGUCACAUUUCACCCAUGAAGAACUGUGAUUCUGUGAUGCCAUAUUCCCCAGCCAAAACUUUCUUACAAAUGAAACAAAAUAUGGAAGUUAACAAUCAACACUCUCAAUUAUCUGCAAUUAAACUUUCAGGACAUGAAGUUGGAUUCCUACGUGGUGACCAACGAGGAAAAUCAGUUUCAACAGAAGUGCCAAAUGCACCAAGUAUUUAUCAGCCCACAAGAAAUACAGAGUUUCUGCAAAAAAGCAUGAUAUCCGAAGUUAAUAGUGCUGCUAAAAAGGAGGAAAAUUGGAGUUCUGUUUCUCUGAAGCUGGAUUCCGAUAAUGGAAAUGAUGGUGAUGAUGAAGGUAGCAUAACACAAAACAGAGUAAAUUCAGUUUCAAACAGCAAGCCCUCCGACUGCACAGAAAAUGAAAUGCAGGACAUCCUGGGUUUCAGCACCAUCUCUUUGCAAACAUUUGCCCAAACAGAUAAAAACAUGGUACAAGCAAAACACACAGACUCUGAAGGAGCAAAUGAAGAUAUUAAAGGGUAUAAGGAGCUGUGCAAUAUUUUGCUGACAUCACCAAAGAUCAGAAUACCAAGAAAAGGUGCAGAAGUUGAACUUGGAAAAUCAAAGCCUACCAUUGUUAAUAGUCCCAAAAGCAAAGAGGAAAAAAGGAAGAUUACUCUCACAAAAUGGAUCAUCCAGCAAAUAAAAACCAGCAGUGAAAUUUGUGUUGAAGGACAAAGAGAUGAAGAUGGAACAUAUUGGCAUAGUAAUGUAAUUGCUGAACGAAUAAGCCAGACAGAAGUUAAAUCUAUUACUGGCUCAGUUUAUGUUUUGAAAGGUCCAAUGGAUUACAUUGCAAUGAAGAACCAAGGAUUCUCUGACUCUUCCUUAAAGCACUUCUUUCAUGGUUUUCCACUGGAUUGGGAGGAUUAUAUUGAACAACUCAUUGAAAGUAGGAGGGAAAAGCCUAAGGAUCCAGUCAUAAAAAAGACUAAAAGUGCCAGAAUUCAAAAAUUAUCUUCAAUGAAAUUGUUGAAAUCACAAGAUAAAAUAUCAACAUUCGCGACUGCAAAUACCAGGCAAAAGCUCACUAACAUGAGGAUGCCAAAGGAAAAGCGUAAAAAGACAAACUAUGAGAAUGAUCUUAAAAUUUCAAUGGACAUAUCAAUACAGAGGGGCCUGUUGACCAGCCGUAGUGGCCGUUGCAUUAAAGCACCAAUGGAAUAUUGGCGGGGACAGCGAUUAGUUACUGACAAUAGCUUGAACGUUACCGUCAUUGAGGGUGGAACUAAUUAUUUGACUCCCUCUAAUCUUGAUACUACAAUACAGAAAAAGAAUAGCCGAACUGAAAGUCCUUUGACCUCAAAUCAACAUCAAAAACCAAAAAAUCACACUGAAGAACCUAUUGGAAGGAAAACUAAAAAUCAAGUUUUAAAGAUGGAAAGAAAUGCCAAAGGGACAAAGGGUGCAAAAGAAAAAUCGAAAAAUCAGCCAGUGAAAUAUAGCCUGAGGAAACAGCCACAGCAGCACUUGCCAAGUCAAACCACUUUAAGAACAGAUGGAAUUACUUUGAAUACUGAAAAUAAAAAGAACAAAAAGCAUAAUUACUUAAACCCAACUGUUGUUUUGAGCCCAGUUCACAAUCCUUAUUCGUUAAUGAACAAAACAGUAGAAUUAGGUGAACUUGUACACUCUGUUCAGAAAAAUGCCCAGAAAGGCAAUAAAUUGGUCACUGUAAAUACAAUUAAUUCAUCUGAAAUGCAGGGUACAAGCGAGAACGGCAUCCUUGAAUUCAAAUCUGAGCUAAGAUCCACAAAAGCAAAAUGUCAAGAUACUUACAAAUUAAGAAAUAGAACUGUAAAAUCAAGCAUGUCAUCACAGAACAUCCAGAAAAGCCAGAAUGAGAAAAGAAAUCCAUCUCCUGCAAAAGUGAUCGAUUCAUCUAAAAUGAAGGAUAUAAAUGAAAGGUACACUUCUGAAAGGCGCACACAGAUAAAUCGUUCUUCAAAAUCAAUCGACAAAACUGUUUCAUUGAGUCCAAUAGAAGAUGAGACUUCUCGGUCCAAUAAAGAUACCAAGAUUAAUAUUAAAAGAAAAUCGAGAAAAAUGAAUCUCAAACAGUCUGUCAAUAAGCAAAACUUAGAACAAAAUAAGCAAGUCACAGAGUCACAGUUUGAAGAGUCUUUCGUUCAAAUAGAUGCAGCAGAACUAAGUGAUGAUAAUAGUGGAAGCACUGUGUCAAAGUGCAAUCAACAAUCUUCAAAAAGAAAACAGAAAAAUCAGUUCAAUAGGAUUCUAUCAUCCACUACAGAUGUUUUACUGACUGAAACAAAGCAUGCCAAGGUUAGUGCAAAAAGAAAACUAAAACAUUCGGCAAUAUCCUUAAAAAAGGCAGCACCUAAAAAUAGAGCAGCAGCAGAUACAAGCUCAGAAUCAUGUUCCAUGCCUGGUCAGAAAGUACAACAAAAACUAAGCAUGUCCCUACAUGCUGUUGAUGAUCCUGGAGCAGAACACUGGACUAAGAAAGAACUCCACUGUCUACACAAAACUGUUGCAGCAUUGCCAAAACAUAAACAUGGUUUCUGGGAAGAUGUGGCAGCAUCUGUUGGUACACAUUCUGCUGAGGAGUGCCAACAAAAGUACCUAUCUGAGCAACAGCCUAAAUUGUGCAAAAUAUCUGAAAAACAGAAGAAGAAAAAGUGUUCCAGUAAUGAAAACAAGCAAGGGGAACCCAAGAAAAUUAUUGCACGGGCUGGAACACUGAAAAGAAAGCAGCAAGUAAGGUCUUUCCUAGAACAUAUUCCUAAGGAUGAUCAUGAAGAUCUUUUCAAUGACAUAGAAUUGCAACAUAAGAGAAUAAAGCUUCCAAGUUUUUCAGGCCAAGAAGAUGGCGAUGAUUUUUUCAAACUUCAGGCAAAUCCAACUACUCCAUCUUCAAUCAUCUUUCCUAUAGCAAAAACACCACAGUGGAAUCACAUCAGUCCUCGAAUGUUAGCUCCCACUGAUGGUGCAAGUAAUGACAAAUAUGUGUAUCAAUUACAAAAAAAAUCCAAAACGAAGAACUGGUCCAAAGUCAAGAAGAAAUCGAAACAAACAUUUUUAAUGACACCAUACAGAUUUAAAUCAUCACGGGUAACAGAAGGCCAACAGAAAGGCAAUAUAACGAAGCUAUUCCAAGAUAGAAAAACCGUUCAAUCAGAUGAUGACAAAGAGGAUGAAGAUUAUUACUUUUCAAAUUCGGAAUAGAUCUUAUUUUAUAGAAAGUUAAAAUACCUGAACUCAGAGUAGCUACUUUGUUGAUAGGACUCUGAAAUGUAGUGUUAUUUGAAUACUGGAAUUUGAGUUGUGGUUCCUUCUGUUAAUGGUUUUUAAAUAGUGAAAAUGUAUAUAAAAUGUAUAAACUCAACCAUCAAAUUUUAAGUGUUUUGUAAUGUUUGUUAUAAAUGAUGAAUGAUAUUCUCUCCAAUAUAGCACUUGUUCCUAAGCUUGUACUGUUUCUGAUUUAUCUAUCUUGAUUGCUUUUAUUUUUUUUUGUUUCAAUAUUCCAUUAGUGUGCUAAUUAUUGGGAUAACUCUACAUUAAUUAGAAUUUGUGGCCUACUCUUGUAAUAUAUUAUUUGAUGAACUGUUACUGCAGCCUGGAGGUUUAACUUGUUAACGUGACUGAAUAUGAGUGUGCUGAAAAUAUAUGACAUGUAGGUAAAGAAACAUAUAGGAACAAGCUGCAGUAUUUCUACCACAAUAACAGAAUGCAGAUAGUUGAAUAGAGGGACGUACAGCUUCUCAAGUUAUUUUUUGUUUUCAUUCAUUGUGCAAGAGAAAUUGAAGUUAGUUGUUUUAAAUACUUUUCAUUGCUCUUUUUAUUCAUGGUUUGGUAUGCAAAAACUUAAUGGAGUUAGUUAUUUGAGAGGAAGGUUUCUAAUGAAAAGGUAGUCCUUGCUUUUUAUUCAAAUUAAUUUGAAACAACCGAUUAUUAAAAUAAUUUACUGUUUUGCUUCUUAACGCACUUCUGGAAAAUGCGGUACGUGAAACAUGAAUGACACACCCACAAGAGGCUAUCAUAUAGCACAAAGGACUGAAAUAUUCAUCAUAUGUCUUCACAAUGUACAACACUUUUCACCAUUUACUGAAUGUUACUGUCACUGGAAGGCUGCCAUCAAAUACCAAGCAACAAUUUUCAGUUAACAAAAUUGCUCUAAAGUACUCCCUGAGGGGAAUUAAAGCACGUUUAGCCUCUCUUUGCUAGAAAUGCUAUAAGGCAUAACUAUGUGGAAAAUGUAAAUAUAUAUCAAAUUUUGAACAAAUGACGCUAUAAAGUUAGAAACUACCUUAGGAUAUUCUGGUCAUCUCUUAUCAAAACAGUUAAAACUAGUUUUAAGGAUUGUUCUUUUAAUGUCCUACUAUUCCAAGAAAGCGCAAAAUAAUUUAGCCAACAUAGUUAGAAAUAGGCUUUAAAUUAGCACAGCAAUAGUAAAUGCAUUUCACUUUAACUAUUGUGCUUAAACUUCUUUCAUAUAAGGCACCCUGAAUUAAUUCAGCCAAUUUAACGCUGCUAUAUCCAUGUAGAAUCUGGGCAAAUCACUAACAUUAACUGUAAAAGCUUGUUAGGAAUCUGGGAAUUAUGUCUUUAGAGGGUAAAUGAAUGGAUAUCUGUUUAUUGGGAUUUAGGAUUAUUGAAAGAGAAGAACUGCUCUAUUUUUCCUCUCAAGUAAAAGGGGUAAAAACCAAAUAAUUUCAAUGCAGAGAUCAGAAGUGGGAACUAGCUUAUAAUUAACUAAUCCAAAUUGGGCUCUGCUUGAUUCAGAAACUGGAAUAUAAAUAUUUUUACUUGUUUCCAAUUUAUUUGUUUUCAUAAGGAGGUAAUGCUACACUGAAAUACAAAUGGUGGACUAGGAAUCUUUGCUUGGAUACACCAGGUAAGGUACAUGGUUGUAAAAUUUCUUUUGCAAGCUAUUUUUUAUAUUUGCCAAAUAUAUGUUUGUAAUUUCCAGAAUUGAAAUGUAGAGAAUUGGUCUAAGCAAAUAUGUACUCUGAUCCUAUCCACCAGAAUGUGAAAUAAUUUCAUUCAGCCCAGAAGAAAAUACCCUGAUCAUUGCAAAAGUGGUAGUUUGAUUGCUGUUCUUUUCCAUUUUGGCAUUGAAAUAAAGACUACUUUUGGUUAUUCAUCUUCGUCAGCUCAUCCUAAAAGCUUGGUUUAUCUUUGAAAGAGAUUCUUGAAUUUGAGGAAAGGAACUAUUAUGUACAUUCAAGCAGCCUAUUUACAACAUGUGCUUCUGUUAAGGUAUAGGAAUCCUGCCAGUUUUUCAUAAGUCCUCAUAAGUACUGUGUUUGUCAGUAGUUUCUCUGUAUAUUUUUGUACUUCUGCAAUAAAUGUAGAAUAAUC